AAGCCGUCGAGUGGACAGAUAGGGGGAGAGAGAAGCGUCCUGUGGAUCCUCCGUCAGUCCAGGGGGCUGCCGAUCAGCGAGCGGCCUUCCGCUCCGUGGGUGCCUGUGCUGCCCUGCUAGUCGGCAGUUUAACGUAACAGAGGGUGGAACCGAGGAGGCGAUACACGUGACGCGCACACAGCAUGACGCAGCCGGUGAUUGUUGGUGACCUGGUUCUGCUGUUGGAAUCUACAAAUCUUCAAAUCUUUGAGGACGUGAAAGGACUUAUUGUGGACCACCUUCGCUCAGAUCGUGGCCCCUUGAUGCUGAACUCGUUAGUCGAUCAUUACUUGGAAAAUAAUUCUCUGCCGGCUGUGCAGAUUCUUGCAGCUGUACAGGAGCCUCAUGAUAAGCAUCUAUUGGAUCGACUAAACGAGUGCAUGGGGAAGGCAGUCACUCGACUAUCUGCCGUAACAUUAUUGGGUCACGUUAUCCGACGCGAACCAACCUGGAUUCAUAAACUCUGCCGUGCACCUGUGCUGGUUUCACUGCUCAAGUGUCUGAAGACGGACACGGAGGUUGUAUUCCUGACUACUGGAGUUCUUGUAUUAAUCAUCCUCCUGCCAAUGAUCCCGCAGGCUGGGAAGCAGUAUCUCCUUGAUUUCUUUGAAAUUUUUGGUCGCUUGGCUGCCUGGAACCUGCGGAAUCCAGGCCAAGUGCCAGAAGUGUAUCUGAUUCAUCUACAUGCCAGUGUUUAUGCGUUGUUUCACCGUCUCUAUGGGAUGUACCCGUGCAACUUUGUGUCCUACCUCCGCUCUCACUACAGUAUGAAGGAAAAUGUGGAGAUUUUUGAGGAGGUGGUAAAGCCGAUGCUGGAACACGUGCGAAUCCACCCCGAGCUAGUGACUGGAACCAAGGACAAUGAACUGGAUGCUGUUAAAUGGAAGAGAUUUGAAACUCAUGACAUUGUUAUAGAAUGUGCCAAAGUUUCCCUCGACCCAAAAGAGGCAUCCUGUGAAGAAGGUUAUACUAUCAUGCCGAAACAUUUCUCUACACGUAGCCAACACAAGCACACUGACCACAGCUCCAGCCCAUUCUCAGAUUCUCAGAGCAGCUUUGGCAGUGCAUCCUCUACAACUUACAUCUCCAGAGGUCCAUUCUCCAGUCUCCCAGGAUCUCAGUCACAGUACAGAACACCACCAACUUCACAACGCCUUCCUGCAGAAGGGCUGCAGGAUGUGUUCUGGAGCCCAUCUUCAGCUUGUGGGCUGUCCACUCCCCCCUCCUCAAGAGGGCUUUCCCCAACAAGCCUUCAUGAAACAUCCAACUCUUGCCUAACUGUUAGAGUCCACAGUACACCUGUCGGAAAAGGACAAUCAACUGAAACACCAGCCGUAUCCCCUCCCCUGUCAUGUCUUGCAGAUGGGAAUGAACUAUGCAGCAUCUCGGCAACUGCAGCACUAUCAAGAAAGGAUGGGAAAACUGAGAGUUUAAAGCCAUUAAAGAGACAGAGUCAUGUGACAAGUGAUGAUAAGGGAGCAACUGACAGUCCAUGUGAGUGGAAAGGUUUGGAGAAUGAGAAUGCCAAAACAGUAUCUUUGAGAGAGCUCUCAGAGGUUAUAAAAGGAUUGAAUCUACAAGAGGAUGGAACAGAAAAGGAAAAUGAAGAAGCUGCUAUUGCUGAUGAGCUUUCUGAAAUUACAUCCUUGGAUCUGCAGUCCUUGGUUUUUCGGGGGGGAUUUGACUCUCCUUUUCAACACACAACUGAAAUGCUUACUGGCACUCAGACAAAGCGUGAGCAAGAAUUGUCCCAUUCUACCACUGAGCAGGGGUUGCACACUGAGCCCCACCAAACGUCAUCUACAAUUGGUAAAGCACUGGAGCCUCGCAGGCAAGAGCAGUGCUCUGUCAAAAAGGGGUUUAUGCCCAUUGAGAAACCAACUGAGAACUGUUCGGGAAACAUUAAACAGGAGAUGGUCAGAGCUGGAUCAAUAUCAUUGGAACUUUUUACACCCAGUCCCCUGUUUAAGGUGCAGGCAUUGAGACCUCCUCCUCUUGGCACUGGGCAUCCGCUCCCUUAUGAACACCUUUUUGAAAUGGCCUUGCCCAAAGCAGCAAGUCUUUUCAUCAAACAGAAAACAACUGAGCUGCAAAAGCUAGCAGGCAAGCAAUUGGAGGAUCUAUCGUCUUCGUUGAUCUCGCCUCUUGAUGUGCUGGAUAAGCUGAUUCAGCAAGGAGGAGAUGCACAUGUGAAGGAGCUUAGCAGAGUUUAUCCUGUGCAGCCUGAGUUCCACAAUCAAAGAAAAUUGGUCAGAUUGCCUCUGCCCAGCAAAUCUGCAGACUGGACUCACUUUGGAGGUUCUGCUCCCAUGGAUGAGCUGCACACUCUGAGGAAUCAACUCGUUCUACUGCACAACCAAUUACUUUAUGAACGUUACAAGCGAGAACAACAUGCUGUUCGGAAUCGCCGUUUACUGCGCAAAAUUCUCAAGGCAACUGCACUGGAGGAACAAAAUUUAGCCAUGAAGGACCAGCUAAAGCUCCAAGAAUUGGAUAUCGGAUCCCUCAAGCACAGUUUGAUGAUCGAACAGGAUAACUAUCAGCAGCUGAAGAAGGAGAAAGAUUCCAUCAUUCUACAUCUCAACAGCCAGAUUGCGGAGCUCCAGAAGGGACGCGAUGAUUAUCGUGCCAGUUGUCAGGAGCUACAGAAUAAACUGCAAGAUUGUCAGAAGAUGAUCGGAGAAUUGAAGCUGGAGCUACAGAAAGCCAAUAACAAAGCAUGCAACACAGCGUAUCUAUUGAACCAGAUGACUGAGAAGUUUACGAGUACCCAGUCUGUGCAGCAGCAAAUGGAGUGGCUGAAUAAACAGCUCCUGCUUCUGAGUGAAGUGAAUGAAUUGCACAUGCAGAAAUUGCUAAACUCUCAGAUGGGUUCGGCUAAGGCAGCAGAGACAGAGAUGGUUCAAGCCACUUUAAUUCGAGAGAAGGAGAAAAUGAGGAACCGCAUCCAGCAGCAAAUCCAGCGGAUGGAGGCAUCGCAACGGCGCAUUGUGGAACUCGAAAGCCAGCUGAAUAAGAAAGAGCAUCUUUUAAUGGAGCAAAAAAAAUACCUGGAGAAUGUAAAAAAUAUGGCUAGUGAAGAGCUGCAAGCAGCAGAAAGCCGUUACGAAGCUCAGAAACGGAUAACACAAACACUACAGACUGAAAUCUUGGAACUUUACAGCAAGUUGGAGCGAACGGGACCUCCGGAGAAAAUGUCUGCAGCAGAGAAUAACGAUCAGUCUGCACAGGAAACGGCUGAAAACCUUGUUAUUUCGGAAUCAUUCGACGAGACCUCGGAUGCAGAGAACAAAAACAAGCAAGCCAAGCCCCCAAUGGCCCCCAGCAUUGAUCGAUCUCCCAACAGGAAAGCGCAGCCACCACCAAUGGUGUCUGAGCUGAUGGACCAGAGCCAGGGUGCCCCAAGUAUGAUCUUUCUGGAGCAGCCCACAACACCAGUCACUGUCGGCUCCUAUCCCAAUUCCAAGAGUUUCCUCGGGAUGCGCGCCCGUGAGCUAUUCAGGAACAAGAGCGAAAGCCAGUGUGACAAUGAGCGGCCCAAGAUGGACAGCCUUUUGGACUCCCUCAAAACUGAAUGCAACAUGGAGCUGGGCAGUUCUUUGGGCCCCUUGAAACUGCAGGUGCCAGUGCAAAAACCCAGCCCAGAAAGUGUCAGGCAGCUCAGCAUAAUGGACUAUGACGGAACACAUCAUGACCAGAAUUAAUUUUUGGGGGGAGAAAAGGGGUGGGUGGGUGGCAAAGGUAGGUGGAAUGGAAAGAAACUUAGUCAGUAUUAUUCUGAGCAGUUAAUGCCUGCUUUGCUUUGUAAGCAUGUCAUAAGUUUAAAACAAGGUACAAUCCAGUAAAGGAGUCGUGUUUCCUUCGAUGGAAUGUUUAUAUAUUUAAGAGGGGAAAAAAAAGACAUCAAAUUCCUGUUUAACUGUGAACAAAUAUGUUGUCUUUAAUGUUUUGCACUACAUUAUGUUGUACAUAUGAUGUCUGUGUACGAUGGCCACCCAGUUAUGACGGAACAUCUGAUUGGAACCUUUUAUACUCCCUCCCCUUCUAAUGCUUGCUGCUGACCCAAUCGGACUGCUCCUCUUCAGUUGGGAUGGAAGCGUGACCUUGAAACCGUUCGUCGUACGAGCAGACUAACUAUCUUGCGGUGUUCAAAAGAAAGGCUGGACCAACUUCCCGCAGGAGCGAUCUGUCGGACUGUGUACUCUAAAUAAUGAAACACUGCUGUGAUUUUAACCCCCCCCCCCCCCAACUCCUCUCCCACCGCCACCACUUUCCCUCGGCACUGCAGUUGCUGUUUACUGUACUGCAAUGAUUUAGAGUUUUGAAUUUGCUCGCCACAUUUGGAAUCAAGCCAGAGGCUGAAGGCAGGACUGCUUGUUGUGAAUCAAAACUAAAGCCCUUGACCCACCAUUUGAAGUAUGAUGGUUUUGUUCUUGGUAUCGUGCCAGAUUCGUGUGUCACCUGGAGGUGGGGGCAAAGGUUCGGGUUGACUGCUCAGAUACAGUAUUUUUGGCAGGGGGUUCACAGUUGAGUUGACAAUGAAUAUUGCGCAGUGAUUCAAUAAAGGGCUACCCUCCACAAUUGCAAUUCUUUUUGAUUAAAUUUAUUUAUCUUCUGACGAUUGUUAUUACCUUUUCAGUAUUUUCAUCUGGAAUGUGGAUGCAGUGCUAACCCUUUGUACAGCUUCAGGUGUAUAUGGAAAUAGAAUUGAUUGUUGUCUUUCAUCCUUGGUCUCUCUGAUGUACUAAUUUUUGGCCUAUCAAAUAUUAUGAACAGUGAAGUAAAGUAUACAAGCUAGAAAAUCAAUUUUUCGUUGGUUAUAGAAUUCCUCUUGUUUAAAAUGAGUAAGAUAUUGCACUGCCAUUGCUAACACAAGGGAGUAGAAAUGCACUUAAAAUUGCCCAAAAUUCAAGGUUUCUCUACCGUUUUAAAUGAUGGAAGAUCUUUUUAAUUGGUCUAUAAUUGCUUAUUUUACUACUUAAUUGGAUUAAGAACUAAUUAAUAUGGUGCUGCCUGAUUUGUUUUAAUAUCCAAGGACAGUGCUGGUCUGCAGAGAAUAAAUACUGGAAUAAAUUCUAUCAUGCUGGU